CCUCCCCCCCCUCCGACCCCCGAAUCAAUCCCCCACUACUCAAUUGAGCCAGCACAACCAUGUUAUCGGCAUCCAGACGAGCAGCGACGAGCGCCCUGUCGCGGCAGCUCCGCGUCGGCGCCUCGAGACCCUUUACCGUGUCGGCGACGGUCCGCACGACCGAGAGACCCGCCGUCGUCGAGAAGAACGAGGCCGCGACGCCCCAGGUGGCCGACAACACCGUCCCCGAGACGGUUGGGCAGGCGCCGAACAGGUCGCUUGUUUGGUCGCGUAGCCAGAAGGCUCGCGCUGAAGCCAUGACUGGGCCGCGGUUUGAGCAGACUGAUUUCUCCCUUCAGCCACAACCUCACUCUGCGAUGGAGCUCGUGCACAAGGAGCCCGUCCGGUGGACUCACGCCCGCGUCGUGGCGUGCGACGGCGGCGGCGGACCUUCGGGCCAUCCUAGAAUCUUUAUCAACACUGAUAAGCCUGAGAUUUCGAGCUGCAACUACUGCGGUCUUCCUUUUGCCAACGAGCACCACCGCAAGCACCUCGAAUCGCUCCCCGAGACGUCGUACCCCCUCGCAUAGAGAGACAAUUUCCAGCCGUGGAACGGUGGACGAUGGGUGGUAGACGGGAGGUGACAGCAGCAGAAGGUGCGGCAAGCAUCAAGGACGAAAUG